CACGUCGCGACGCUUUUUCUCCGAUCUCAUUGGCGAGCAACGCAAACGGCUCGGACGCCUCGCCCAAUCCGCGCUGAGAAGGAGAGAUCCCUGCUUUCCUAUUGGCCAGCCAGCCGAGGCGGGAAGCCCAACGGGGGAGCGGCGCUGCUUUGGCGCCCACUUUGAGUGGGGGCGGCCCGCGGCUGCCGCCGUUCCCCUGCCGCCGCCAUGUUCGUGUCCGACUGCCGCCGGGACUUCUACGAGCGCAUCGUCAGCCAGCGUGUUCUUCUUCUUGUGGCUUCAGAUGUUGAUGCACUUUGUGCGUGUAAAAUACUCCAAGCUUUAUUUCAAUGUGACCAUGUGCAAUAUACGCUAGUCCCAGUGUCUGGAUGGCAAGAACUUGAAACUGCCUUUCUUGAGCAUAAAGAUCAGUUCAAAUAUUUUGUUCUUAUUAAUUGUGGUGCCAAUGUUGACCUGUUGGAGAUCUUGCAGCCUGAAGAAGACACUUUUUUUUUCGUUUGCGACAGCCACAGACCUAUCAAUGUUGUGAAUGUUUACAAUGAGACACAGAUUAAGCUGUUAGUUAAACCAGAUGAUGAUCUUGAUGUUCCUGCUUAUGAUGAUAUCUUCAGAGAUGAAGAGGAAGAAGAAGAGGAGUCAGAGGCUGAAAGUGAUGGGUCAGAACCUUCAGAUAAGCGUAGACGUUUUGAAGAGGAGGUAAUUGAGAGAACGAUGAAAAGACGCCAAAGAAGAGAAUGGGAGGCACGCAGACGUGAAAUUCUUUUUGAUUACGAACAGUAUGAAUACCAUGGGACCUCAUCUGCAAUGGUGAUGUUUGAUCUGGCAUGGAUGAUGUCUAAAGACUUGAAUGACAUGUUGUGGUGGGCUAUUGUUGGCCUAACAGAUCAAUGGGUCCAAGACAAAAUCACUCAAAUGAAGUAUGUGACUGAUAUUGGAAUUCUGCAGCGUCACGUGUCUCGCCAUAACCACCGCAAUGAGGAUGAAGAAAAUUCUCUGUCAAUUGACUGCAUGCGAAUAGCAUUUGAAUAUGAUCUCCGCCUGGCACUUUAUCAGCACUGGUCUCUGUAUGAAAGUCUCUGUAAUACUUCAUAUACCUCUGCUAACCUUAAGCUUUGGUCUGUACAAGGGCAGAAGAGGCUACAGGAGUUCUUGGCUGACAUGGGUUUGCCUUUGAAGCAAGUGAAACAGAAGUUUAAUUCCAUGGACAUUUCUUUGAAAGAAAAUCUUAAGGAAAUGAUUGAAGAAUCUGCAAGCAAGUUUGGAAUGAAGGAUUUAAGAGUUCAGACCUUCAGCAUUCACUUUGGCUUUAAGAACAAGUUCUUAGCAAGUGAUAUAGUUUAUGCAACAGCUUCUCUCAUGGAGAGUAUAGAGAAAGAAGGGCCCGAAACAACUAACUUCAUUAAAGCUUUGGACAGUCUCUCCAGGGGUAACCUGGACAAACUGCACCAAGGACUGGACCUAGCCAAAAAGCAGUUACGAGCCAUUCAGCAGACAGUAGCAAGCUGUAUUUGCACCAACCUCGUAAUUUCUCAAGGGCCUUUUCUCUACUGCUCGCUCAUGGAGGGAACACCAGAUGUGAGGCUGUUUUCCAAACCAGUGUCUCUGUGCCUGCUCAGUAAAUACUUGCUCAAAUCUUUUGUUUGCUCUACGAAAAACAAGCGCUGUAAACUGCUGCCUCUGAUAAUGGCUGCACCAAUGGAUGUUGAACAGGGAACUGUGAUCAUGGUGGGGAUUCCUCCAGAGACAGAAAGUUCUGAUAAAAAGAACUUUUUUGGAAGAGCUUUUGAGAAAGCUGCGGAAAGUACCAACUCCAGGACUUUACAUAACCAUUUUGACAUGUCAAUAAUUGAAUUGAAAACAGAAGAUCGGAGCAAAUUUCUGGAUGCACUCAUUUCUCUCCUGUCAUAACGAAGUUCGAAACAGUGGGUCAAUAACUGCAGCUGUUCGUUAGACAGCAUAGCCAUUCUUGGCUUCCAGGAUUACUACAUCUGUUUGUUUCUUUGUUUGUACUCUAUGGAUCAUUUCAUAUUGUCUUCUGUCCUUGUCAUGCAGCGAUGCAUUUUGGCUCCUCGUGCUGGAAGCUGAGGAUCAGAUGCUAUGAAAUUAUUUCAGAUGUUCCAAAGUUCAUGGUGCUGCAGUUGUGAUGUUCAUCUCGUUUUUGUUUUUUUUUCUUAAAUGUGCAGAUACAGGACUGUUGUUUUUAUGUUUCUUAGGAGGUUAAGAGGAUUUUAAUCUGAGCACACAGAUAUUUAAUACUGCUUCUUUGUAGAAACCUAAUCUUUGUAAUGGCAAGACGUGUCAACUUAGGUGUGUUUGUAAAUUGAGUUUCUGUUUGUCAAACCUGCUUCUAUUAGUAGAUGUGAUGUUUAGAUAUUGCUUAAUCACAGAAAAUAGGUUUUGAAGUUCUGUAUUUAUUUUUGCAUUGUAUUGCCAUUCAAAUAUUCUUUUAAAAUUUCUAGAAUGCUUUUAAUUUAUCUUUUUUUAUAAGAAACUUGUUGAAAACUCCCCUUGGACUUCUACAGUAUUGAAAAUCUCUUUUAAUACUAUCAGGUUGAGGUCUUGUACUUUAGUUGAAAUAACUGCUUUGUGAUGCAGGUUUUAUGAAUUUUAGGGCUUUUAAAAUCUAAGUAGUAAGAAAACUGUCAAGUACCAGGUUAAAACAUAAACUAUGGAGUACCGAUAUCAGUAAAACUUUUAGUCUUGCAUUAUGAUACUGUAUUGUCACUUGUAUAUUGGCUUUGGGAAUAAUUUUCCAGAAAGGAAUCAACAAUAAUAUGAUAAUUGUGCAUGGACUAUAGCAUUGUAAAUACUGACAGACUAGAUCUAUUCAUUUCUAUAACAGAAACUUAAUUUCAUUCUGAUCAUAUGAAAUUUUAUUGCAUUUUAGACUUAUCCUGCUUCAUAUGGGGUGGGUAUGUAUAUGUGUAUGUUCAAAAUUCUUUUUGUCUUGCCAUGUUUGCUGGAAUUAUGAAUGACUUUAAUAGUUUCAGUGUACUGUAAAGGUUAUGUAUCAUUGCGUCAUAAUUUGUACAGACUUUUAAUACAAGUUAAUUUAAUAUUAAAUGUGAUUUAGAUGUAGCCAAUGGAAAACUAAUUAAUCUAUAUAUUUUAUUCAAACAAAAGCAUUUUUUAAUGCUGUCAUUUUAUCCGAGCAAUAAAAUCCCUGUGCCAAACUA